AUGGCGUCUCUAGGAAGCUAUCUCAACAAAAAGGUUCUCAUCAUCACGGCCGACUCGCGGAUCCUGGUCGGCACAUUAACCGCCUGCGAUAAUUCUACAAAUCUAGUACUCAGCAAUGCUGUCGAACGAAUCAUCCGGACGCCAGACGACCCCGAACCGUCGGCAAUCGAUCCCCUGGGCGUCUACAUUGUGCGCGGCGACAACGUGUGCUCCAUAGGGCUGGUGGACGAGCAGCUGGACGACAGCAUCAACUGGACAGAGGUCAAAGGGUCGGUGAUAGGCGGCAUCAAGCAUGUCUAG